AUGCUUACCGAAAUCAUUCGGGGGAACUCCCACCAUGUGCUCAAACUUCUCCUCACAACCGGGAUUUCUACAGUCAUAGGAUACAUCGGGAUUCUCUUCCUCUCACCAUUCGUUGCAGCUGGUCUUGCCCAAGCUGCCUACAUGAUAGCCAGGACUCGUCGCGGAGGAACCCCCUUAUCCAGCAUGAAACAACCUGGUUCAUUAUCCGCAGAGGCAACCCUCGAAGGGGUCGUGAAACGCAAGCUAGACACUAAUUUAACUCUAUUAAAAAAAGUAGUCCAGGAGUCUGCAUCUUACACAAGUGUACUUACAGCUGUUUUGCUCCAACUCGCUCAGCCAGGGGUUGGAAAAGGGGCUGGAAGACACAGCACGUUCAGCAGUCGCCACGCCGAGCGGACACUUAACACAGCCAUAUAUAUCAACGUUAUUGCAUUCGGCACUGAGGCAGAGAAGAUUGCUUUCCGUAACUUCGUCACAACCGCACAUAAACACGUUAACGACAAUAAAACCAAGAAGAGCUAUGACGCCAUGGACCCGCGGCUACAGCUCUGGAUUGCUGCGGUUACCUACGUAACCAUGAUGGAUAAGUACGAGGCUAUCGUCCGCCCUUUCUCCGAAGCAGAGCGCGAUCAAGUCUACCAACAAUUCUCCAUCUUUCCCACGGCCCUUCAAGUCCCGCUAUCCAUGUGGCCCGAAAAUCGCCAAGCUUUCCAACUGUAUUGGGACAGAGAAAUUGCAGGUCUCCGUCCACCCAAGGAAGCCAUUCGUAUCGCUCAGGGCCUCCUCCACCCCACGUAUGCCAAACUUUCACCCGCUCUCGCCAUAAUCGUAUUCUUUAGACACUCGCUGGACACGACGAUAGCGACGGAAGAGUUGCCUGAACAUAUUUGUCAGCGCUAUGGACUCAAGAGCACGUGGUGGUCAAGAGCUCGAUACGCAGCGCUCAUUGCGUUCUAUAAGCUAACGUAUCCUCUCUAUCCAGAACCGGUUAGGACUUGGCAGAGGGACUACUACCUUUGGGUGAUGAGGCAGAGGUUUGCGAAGGAAGAGCGGGCGCGAAACGGAAAGUCGCCUCUUGAGGCUUGA